GUCCCUUCUUACGAACUCUUCAUUGCGAGUAAUAACAACACGUGUUUCUUAGGUUGGAGAAAAGGAGUACUGGGAAUAUCAUCAUCAUGGUGCUACAACGUGUUGUUAAACCUAAAACCCAGAAGGGUAAGCGAUUUUUAGAAGGGAGGGAACCGAAAAUAACAGAAAAUACAAAGACUUCCAUCUUCGUGAAGGGAGGUAACACUAGCAUGACUGUCACCCAAGCUAUGAAAGAAUUGUACCUCCUGAAAAAGCCAAAUGCAGUAUCAUACAAAAGAAAAAACAUUUUACGGCCAUUUGAAGAUGAAACACCACUGGUAAGUGGUAAUUUGAGAAAAUAGAAUAAAGACAGUUUU